AUGGAGACUCAAGCCAUGCGCAUGCUGCCAAACGUUCAUGCCACGACUGGAAUCUCGCAGAAGCUCGUGGUGAUGACGUACAAUGUGUUGGCACAGUGCUAUGUCCGGUCCAGUUUCUUCCCAUACUGCAAGCCCAGUGAAUUACGAUGGAAAACGAGGUCGAAACGUUUGGAAAGUGUCUUUGCUUCGAGUCUGCCUGUCAUGCCCGAUGUCAUCUGUCUGCAAGAAGUGGACAACUACAGCGAGUUUUGGGCAGGCGCGUUAAACAAGCUUGGAUACGAAGGACAAUUUAUCAAGAAAACGCGCAAUAAACAAGAUGGCGUGGCAGUGUUUUGGAAUGCCGAGAAGCUAAAGGUGAGAAACUCCAUGAUAGUUAGUCUGGACGUGCCUGUCGGCGACGAAACGGAUAUCGACCGUGAGUUACUUUCGAGGACCUCUUCAAGAGGAAGUGUAGGUGCGGUUGUUCAUUUUGAGCAUGUCGAGACGCAGCUCGAGUUCGUCGUUGCCACAACGCACUUAUACUGGGACCCGAUGCAAGCAGACGUGAAGUUGCUGCAGUCGCGUCGAAUGCUGCGGGCGAUCACGACCUUUGCGAGUACGCUGGAUGCAUCAACGCCGAUUAUCUUUUCUGGCGACUUCAACUCGCUGCCGGACAGCAAAGUAUACGAUUUCAUCACGGGUCACAACGACUUCGACAGCGCUUACUCUCAGUACGAUGUGGACGGCGAACCCAAGUUUACCAAUGUCAAUGGCAGCGCUGAGACCAGUGACGGCAAACAAGUGGCGCGUUUUAUCGGCACAUUGGACUACAUUUUCUACCGUUCAUCCAGGAUGCAACCGGUGGCGCUCAUGGAGAUCAUGUCAAUUGAAGAUGCCAGUCGUGAAGUUGCGCUACCCAGUACUAUCUCUCCAUCUGACCACAUUCCACUACUCUGCGAGUUUCACAUCCUGCUAAAGUGA